CCCCACAACUACAUUCGCCCUGAAAAUUAUAAUCACCGGCGGCCUGUCGUUACGCUGAUGAAGAGUCAGGAGAUAUCGAAGCUGGUACCUUAUUCCGGCCUUAUCCUGACAGUGUCCCUUGUUGUCUUCUUCUUAGUGCGAUACUACUUUUUCGAAAACUUUCUGUUGCCACGAUUCUAUGGCGACAUAUACACCAAACUCGAUGACAACCGAAAACGCGGGUUUAUCAACCACCAUGUCGCUGCCGCGGCCAAGAUAGUCAUGCUGAUCACGGGUGCCUACCCUUUCUUUUCCGUACUCGCAGGAUCUGCUCCGCGUCUGAGCCAGUCGUUUGCCGGUUCCAAGAUUGUGACUUUGGGAGAUGUACUGCUCGUCUUGAACCAGGUCUUCAUAGCGAUGUACGUGUUCGAGCUCAUGUUCCGAGCAAAAUUGUCUCCUGUCGCUGUCGCACACCACAUGGGUUCCGUCAUCAUUGCCGCAGUAGCAGUAGCCUACAGUUACAACUGGAAGCAUCACCCUGAUGCUACCCUUGAGUUCAUCCUCUGUUAUUUGUGGGGGAUAUUUGACGUGAUUGCGGAAUUUUGGCCCCAUGUUGCGAUCAUCCUCCUACGAAUGCGACCCAAAGACCAUGAGUACUUGCGCAAGGUCUUCUUCUCCGCCAUGAUCGUGACGUUUUCUGGUACCGUGGUCGAGACCAUCGUGGUCCUAUACUUCUGGGGUUGGGCAUGGGAUCGAUGGUCGUUGGUUUUCAAGAUCUUGACGCCAAUCUUGCACUGCAUCUUCACCGCUGCGCAACUGUGGGGUGCAAGGAAUUUCUACUUGAUGUGGACAGAUCAGAAGAAGAAACUAGUCGUGGGCGCCCCCACCCCCGCAAACUCCGAAGACAGGUGGGAACAUCGUUUCAGCGCCCACGCGCAGUCGAAUGGCGAGCAACAGCUCGCAUCUUCCCGUAUGCCUGCCGCGGGCCGGGUCAAAUGGUGGUGUCUUGUUCGUGAAGUGGAGAUCAUUAUUGUCGGCGGUGGCAUCGCAGGCCUAGCCGCUGCCAUCGCUUUGCGAGGCUCGAACCGACAAGUCACUGUUCUCGAGCAAUCUCAAUUUUGUUCUGAAAUCGGAGCAACCAUAUCGUUGCAGCCAAAUGCAACGCGGAUAUUGCAACAAACAUGGGGCAUGACCGACUUACUCGAAGCUUCUUCAGGAAUGAUAGACCAAGGCCUUCGCAUCUUCAACUCAGAGGGAAAGAUGGUCAGAGAAAUAUCACUGCUCGCCAAAACCCAGUAUGGCGCUGAUCGUGUCAUGUGGCAUCGACAAGACCUUCAUUCAUAUCUCAUGAAGGUCGCAACGAGCACUGAUCGACAUGGCCCAGCGGCCACACUUCGCACAAGUGCGCGGGUAGCACGCUGCGAUUGCGAGACUGGGAGUGUAACACUGCAAAACGGAGAGGUCCUCUGCGCAAAUCUCAUAGUAGGUGCAGAUGGUAUCCACAGUAAUUUGCGCACCGCCGUACUGGGCAAACAGAUUACACCAAAGCCGACAGGAUCUUCUGCCUACCGCCUGAUGAUGUCUUCGGAACGCCUGAGACAGCGAGCGCCCCGCUUUGCAGAUACCAUCAAGCCAGAGGAUCCGUUUACAUCCAUGAUGGUAGCGCAUGACUGUCGCCUGAUUUCCGGACCAGCACGACAUGGCACGCUCUACAGCGUUGUUGGACUCGUUCCAGACGAGCGCAUGAACGAAGAUCCGGACAGUGCGCAAUCCUGGGUGACUGAAGGCAACAAAGAAAAAAUGCUCGAGACAUUCAAGGACUUCCCGGACUGGACUAGAGACGUGCUUCGAGAAGCAGAAAGCAUAGGAUUGUGGCAAUUGCGCGAUAUUGAUCCGCUCGAGAUCUGGCAUCGUGGGCGCGUCAUUUUGAUCGGUGAUGCAGCACAUGCAAUGUUGCCAACGCAAGGCCAAGGUGGUAGCCAGGCAGUCGAAGAUGCAGAGGCACUUGGUGCUUUCUUUGCAGACAUUGAUGGAGAGCCAAGUGAUGAAGAGGUAGAAGCAAGACUCAAGGAGGUGUUCGAGGCCCGUUAUGAGCGCGCAUCGUUGAUUCAAAAGUUUAGCCGAGAUGCGGCAAAACCUGCAACGGAUGUUGGGAGCAAGGAGGUCAAGAUGCGGCCGGAUGAGUUUAUGGAUUACAAUUGCAUGUACAGAGGCGCAUUGGAGUGGCAAAGAGCACGUGGGAUAGGCUCGGCGGCUUGA